UAGAUGGAUUAAUGGAUUGUUACAUUAAAUAAUACAAAUUUACUUUACUAAGCAAUAAUUUUUAAGGAGAUUUUCUAUUACUGCCAACUCAAUGGAUAUAGUAAUUUUCAAAAGUUAAGUAAUUGAAAAAUUUAACAACGUGUGCUUGUAAUAAACCAAGUUAAAAUACCACUAAAUAACACAAAAAAAAUGGAUUUAAAAAAAAGUGACAAGAAAUUUUUAAACAAUAAAGAUUUUGGUGACUGGAAAUCUUUGGGAUGUGCAUACAAAAUAAAAUAUGUCAUUCAAAACAUAACUGUAGAGCCCAUUUUAGCAAUUUUUCAAAUAUCAUCGGUGUUAUCUAGUUUAACAACACAAAAUUUAAAUCUACAAAAAGCAUGUCGAGUCAACUUAAAUAUGUCUAGAGAAAUAUGUUCUGGAUUGGAAAACAAAAGUUUAACACACCUUUACAAAAAAGAAUCAAUUGAAGUUCAACAAAUAGUGGCAAAUGUGUUAAUUUGGCAAACAGUCAUACAAAGUAGCAUACCUUGCAUUCUAAUAAUAUUCAUUGGAUCAUGGAGUGACAGAAAUAAUAAACGUAAACCUUUCAUGUUGUUACCCAUUUUUGGCGAAAUUGUUAGAACUAUUGGAUUACUUCUAUGUGUUUAUUACUUUUAUGAAUUCCCAAUAGAAGUAGCAGGUCUAGUAGAAUCGUUACCAACAGCAAUUGGAGGUGGAGUAACUGUUUUGUACUUGGCUACAUUUUCCUACAUUGGAGAUAAGUGUACUGUUAAAAAUAGAACUAUAAGAAUAGGGUUAUUAAGCAUGUUUUUUGGGUCUGCAUUCCCUAUAGGAGCUUCCCUAUCAGGCGUCCUUUACCAAAAUAUUAACUUUUAUGGUGUAUACUGUUUAUCUUUAUUUUUAUACAUUAUCAGUUUACUUUACUGUGUUAUUCGUAUAAAAGAACAACCACAACAAAUAUCGAUAGAUAAUGUAGAGCAUACUUUACAAAAUUGUAUGUAUUACCUAAGGGAAUUUUUUAACCUCAAACACAUUCGAGAUACUUUUGCUGUGACAUUUAAAAAAGAGCCAUAUAAUCGAUGGGUCACAAUAAUGAUGUUACUAGUUAUUGUUGUAACUACAAAUGGUCCUUCGCAAGGAGAACAAGUUGUUGGAUAUAUGUAUACCCGUUUAAAAUUCAAUUGGAAUGAAUUAGAUUACAGUUUAUACUCCACAUUAAUAUUUAUAUUGAACUUGAUUGGUUUAGGUAUUACCUUGGUUAUUUUAUGUCAUAUUUUUAAAAUGGACGAAGCGUUGAUUGGAGCAAUUGCAGUUAGUAGUAAAAUAAUGGCAGAAUUUGUAUAUGCUUUUGCAACGACAGAAUUUAUUUUUUAUAUUGGUAUUUUUGUUGAAACGAUGAGUGGUGCAUCAAUCAUUGUAGUUCGUUCUAUUUUGACAAAAACCGUUCAAACGCAUGAGCUAGGCCAAGUAUCGGCAAUCAUAGGUUUUAUAGAAACAUUGGUACCGGUGUUUUACAAACCAUUUUAUAGUUUAAUUUAUAAAGCAUCAUUAAACACAUUUCCUGGUUUAAUCUUUAUAAUUAGCGUUAUAAUGCUCAUUCCCGCUAAUAUUUUAUUUUUAUGGAUGUAUGGCAAUAAUAGGCUGAUAAAACAAAAAAUUAAAGAACUAGAAAAUAGUAAAGGAAUUUAAUUUUAAUAUGUUUAAGUAUCUUUAAUUGAUUUUAUUUCGGCUUUAAAAUUAUUGAGUUUAAUUUUUAAAAAUAUGCCU